GCUCCACUUGUUGUUCCACUUGUGUUCGCUUCCAACACGGAGCCUCUGUGCCUCUUUUUCCCUGGGUCCCUCUUCCUCAGACCCUCCCCCUCCACUUCACGGGCCUCCAUCCUUGCCCGUGAUGGCUUCUGUGCCUCCCCAGCUUUCUCUGUCGCCUGCACGCCUCCACGCCUCCACGCCUCCACGCCUCCACGCCUCCACGCCUCCACGCUGCACCUAAAUCGAGUCCCUUGGACACCCUCUUCUCCCACUUGCCAGGUGGCAGAUGCGUGUGAGAUUGACGCUUUGGAGCUGCCAUCACCGGCCACCCGAGGCGAGGGAGUCGGAGUCUCCUUCGUACGCCGACACUCACUCGGAGUCUUUCCCUCGAUUGCCGCUUUGCAGGAUCGUCGUGCGGUGCAAGCUAGCUAGCUAUAGCCCUACGUGACGGUCGGUGCCCGCAGUACUCUGGCUCAGCCCAAAACCCCUCGAGGGAGAUGAGUAAGUUAGGCUGAUUCCUGGAGCAUGAUAUGGCAUGAACAAUGUGCUGCUGGUCUUGUCUGUAUGCAAAAUAGCCUUCCGGAUGAUGCUAUUCUGGAAGUCAAUGGGCAGCAGCCAUACUGCCAUAGACACCGGUUGAAUGAGCAACAUCUAAUUCUAAACGAGUGGGUUGUCAGCAAUGUGGGCAGGAAACAGCUAAAAUCGUACAUGCAAUACAUGUCCACCUGCUUCUUCUGGACAUGUAAGGCCGUCGAUUGCCGAAUUGGGAAUACUGAGAGAAUAGCAAUAAGAAGAAAAUGAGAGGUUCUGCAGCAAUCGCAUCCCCAGUGAAGCUAUGCUAACCCACGAAAACGUGGAGAAAAGCACAACCUACUUUGAGCUCAAGGGCUAUGUCACGGCAUGGAUCAGACCAGGGGGGGACAUACCAGUCCCAUCUCAAGGCUGAGAGCCAGCAUCCGUGCAGCUUGGAAUUACUCAACCCAAAGGGGCUCAUUGGCACCCCCGCUGGGGGAAGUGCAGAUGCAGGCGGCAGGAUGGGUCCCAAGAGGUAUAUCAUCUAAGGCCCUGGUACACAGGACAAUGUAGAGCAGACAAACAAGAGCCUUUACUCAUUCCCAUUUCCUGGCAGUAAUCCGGAAAUCCGUAUAAUAGCUUCACUUCCCACCCAACAUAAACGACACAAUGACCCACACUAUAGUUAUACGACAUUCAAAUCAAUAUCCUAUCAAAGGCAACCAAUACACCAUGGACUCGGCAGCGGACAAAGAAGAACGCAAACGCGAGGUACGUUCGACUGCCUAGGCUUGGUUGGUGACACUUGCAAUUUGUAUCCUAACAUCAGUCCCUCUUUAGUAUAACAGACUGGCACAGCGAGAAUUCCGUAUGUUCUUCCAACCCCGCUUUGUAUCACAACCAAAUCUCUGACGUUUUGUUGUUAGGUCGUCGUAGGAAGGAGCAUCUCAAAAACCUCGAGCAGGCUCAAAAGGAGCAGAGUAGCGAGCAAUCAGAGGAAAUUGAACGCCUGCGAUACGAAAACGAUGAACUUCGUCGAGAGAAUGAAGCACUUCGUUCUCAAAUGUAUGGUUCAUCUGGAUCUUCAUCGCAUGGCCUGUUAUCAGCUCCUGUCAACAUCCCAUCAAUGACAAACGAUGGUCGGUCAUACUCGCUUUCGCCAUCCAUCUCAGGCACAUCUAUCUCAGGGGCCGGUAGCCCUCCUCCAUCAAUAGGCGCUGAGAUGAUGCCAAUGUCGGCUCUAUCUUUGACCUCAUCAAUGAUGCCUUCGAGUAUGCAAGCAUACACCGAUCCCUCGGCAUCUCAGCCAUAUUCUAUGGUACAUUCGUCCGGAAUCCGUCACAAUUCACAAAGCUCACCUGAGUCAUCAGGGUACCGAUCUAGAUCUGCUGUGGGAUCCCAUUUUCAGCCUUUGAAUAUGCCUCAAUCACUCGAGCAUUCCCGCGACAACAGCAGACUUAGUUCCCAGCCAUCAAAGUACGUAGGAGAUACAAACACGCUUAUUUAUCCAUAUUAAGAUCUGUUCGAUAGUCUCAUCCUUCCCUUCGACCGUAACAAAGCACGAGCAGAGAUCAACCAAAUCUUCAAGCCCUUGUUAUCCGAUAGGUCGAUCACCUCCAAUUCCGAUCGGCAUCUCGCACUUCUAAAAUCACUAAGUAACAACUUGCCGGAUGUGUUGAAGCCUAGCGAAGCUCAGCUGGAAAUCCCACACUACUGGAAAAUAGACAUGAUCGCAUCUCGUACAAUUAGAGAAAGGCUUUUGACGGUUAGUCCAGAUGUAGCGGAAGUUUUCAUCAAGGAGAUAGGGCUCACGGGAACGGAACAAGAAGAUAUUGGGCAGUUAACUAUUUGGGGUGACGAUCCGCUCAAUGAAAUGGCGUGGGAGUUUUCGCAACCGGUGUUGCAGCGUUGGGGUUGGUUGCUUGGUCGAGUUUGGGUCGAUAGAGCGAAUCUUUGGAGACGACAGAGAGGAGCGGUUCUUCUGCCUGAAUGGUGA